AUGAUCCUGGCCGCCGUGAGGGAGGCCGUGGGCGUCCUGCAGGGCUGCCAAGCCCCGCCCCCAUACCUUUCUCAGAGUGACAAGGGGCUCAGCCAAUCCGAGCCGGCCCUGCGGGGCACCCCAACCAAUCGGCGGCGAGCGGAGGGGGGCGGGGGGGCCGCGGCGGAGCGGCGGGGACGCGCCCCCCUUUCUCCCCGUGCGCCCCGCAACCCGCCGAGACGCGGCACCGGGGGUGCCCGUCCCCAUCGGGGGCUCGGCUGCACGCCCGCCGGGUGCCCCCGCCACCCCAAAACCCCGCAGCCCCUUGAGCAGCAGGGGACACCAUGGGGGACGCUGCAGGAGGAGCUGGACGCGGUGCUCAGCGGUCGGGGUUGGGAUUUGGGGGGCACCUACGACGGCACCCCACAACCCGGAGACGCCGUGCGCUUGGGGAGCAGCGCCUGCUACGUGGUCCUGGCCGUGCUGUUCAACGACGAGGAUGGGGUGCUGCUGGUGCAGGAGGCCAAGGCGGAGUGCCGCGGGACGUGGUACCUGCCCGCGGGGCGCAUGGAGCCCGGCGAGAGUGUGGUGGCCGCGCUGCGCCGCGAGGUGAAGGAGGAAACGGGGUUGGAGUGCGAGCCCCUCACCCUACUGGCCCUAGAAGAGAGGGGGCCCGCCUGGCUGCGCUUCGUCUUCCUCGCCCGCCCCACCGGAGGAACCCUGAAGACCCUGGAGGACGCAGACGCCGAGUCCCUACAGGCCAAGUGGUGGGGGGGGCCCCUGGACCCCCUCCCCCUGCGCGCCCCCGAUAUCCUCCCCCUCCUCGAGCUGGCCGCCCGCUACCGCCGCAGCCCCCCGCACCCCCCCACGCUGCCCCAGGAGCUGCCCUGCGCCCACCUCUGCUUGAGGCUCUUGGUGGCCUUCACCCCCUGCCCCCCCGGGCACCUUUGGGUGCUGUUGAAUAUCUCCGGCCCCCCCCGGCUGCCCGUGGUGGCGUGCGGCACCCACCCUACCCAAAUCCGCCGGGGGCUGCGCCUGCCCGUGCUGGGGUUCCUGGGGGGCUGCCUGCCCCCCGACCCCCAAAUCGGGCCCAUGGGGUUGUUGGGGUUGCAGCACCGAGCCGGGGGGCCCGGGGGGGCUGACGGCGUUUGCUUGAAUGUUUUGGUGAGCCUCCAACCCCGUGGCGCUGGGGAGGGCCCCCCCCCGAAUUGUGCCACCCCGCUUUCCGCUGGUGGCGCGUGGAGGAGGAGGGUUUGAGGGGGCGCAUCCUGCAACGGCUGCGGGAGGGGGGCACGGUGCCCAUCCGCAGCUAGCAGCCCCCCCACCCAGCACCCUAGCACCCAAGGGUGCUGUUUGGAGCGAUUAUUUUUUUUUUGGGGGGGGGGCGCAGGAGCUGCUCCCACAGAUUCGCUUUCCGCGGUGGUGGAGACGGGCUGGGGGUGGAGCGCGUUUUGCCCCCCAGAUGCCAGCCCCAAAAUGAGGACGGGGCUUGGGGAGGGGGGAGCAGAGCUGGAGGUGCAGGGGGGUGAAAGUGAGAGCCCCCCCCGCGAUGUAUGGGGCCUGGGGGGGGUGCUUUGGGGCAGGAUCCGACCCCGUGUCCCCCCCUUUUUGUGGGGCGGAGAGCCAGCCCUGGUGGAAAUAAAUCAGCUGCUGCUUCCUCGCA